AUGUUCUUGAAACAUCUUUCUUCUAAAGUAAAGGAAAAGCUCCCUCACCGUCAGAGCAGAUCUCGCAGUCCGUCAUUAAGAGAGGGUCCUCAGCCAAGUCUUCAGGAUGUUCAAACAAGUACAUCCACCCCGAGCGACAUACCGCCGGUCCCAAAUUCUCUUCAGAAUGUCUCUGCUGCUACUCAGGUCUCACAAAGCCGUCAAUCUCUGCCCAUCUUAGAAAUCACCAAACCAGCAAGCGCACACGGAUUAGAAGUUCAAGGUCCCGCCCGAGAUUCUGCUUUGGAUUCGGCACCAGUUACUGGUAGCGAAAAUGAGAAGUUGGCACAGUUAGUACCCGAAACGAUCUGGGAUCGUGCAUAUGACGCAUUGAAAACCGAGGAUGCUGCAUUGGUACAAGCAUAUGAGAGAAUUUUAUCGAGCAAGCUUCAAAAUACAAAUGUCACGGCCGACGUGAAUGUCAUCAACCAGCAUGACAAGGAAAAGAGAAGAAGUCAAAUGCAUCAGCUAGUCAAGAACGGCUUGGACAAAAUUUCGCAGGAAACAAAGGUCAAGUCACUCGUCGGUUCAGUUUUACAAACAGUCAAUCUCGCCCAAAAUAUCGUCACCGAAGUAGUCAAGGAUGUACCACAAGCUGCUAUUCCAUGGGCCGCAGUCUGCCUUUCACUUGAGCUUUUAACAAACCCCAUAUCUGAGACUGAAGCAAAUUGCAAAGGGAUUAGCCAUGUGGUAGAGCAAAUGAAUUGGUACUGCGAGCUAGCUGGGCUUCUUUUCAGCGACAAAUCCGGUGGUGCCACGGCCGGAAUCCAACAGGAACUGCAGACGAAACUCAUCGAUCUGUACAAGAAGCUACUUUCUUUCGAACUCAAGAGUAUAUGCUCUUAUUACCGCCAUCGAGCACUUAUUUUUCUAGGCGAUCUCAUCAAGCUUGAUGAUUGGGAGGGGAGCCUUAGGGCUGUUCAAGACGCCGAGGCCUUCUUCAAUGAGCAUGUCCGCGUGUUUCAAAGCGUCGACCUAGGACAAGACGUGAAGCAGCUCGUUGCUCAUGCAAAAGAUGAACAGGAAUAUCGAAAGACAGAUGACGACAAGAAAUGUCUGAGAGAUCUGUACAUCACUGAUCCGCGAAUGGACAAGAGCAGAAUUGAAUCAACCAAAGGGGGCUUGAUUCAGGACUCGUACCGUUGGAUUCUCAACAAUUCAGAGUUCAAAACUUGGCUCCGUGACGAUGACAAACGGUUGCUUUGGGUAAAAGGUGAUCCGGGCAAGGGUAAAACAAUGCUUUUGUGUGGUAUCGUCGAUGAAAUCAAACGGAGUGCCUCACACGCCAAUGCCAUCUCGUUCUUUUUCUGUCAGGCAACCAUUCCAACAAUCAACAACCAUCUUGCUGUGUUACGCGGCCUCAUAUGGCUGCUUGUUGAGCAACAGCCAUCCCUCAUUUCUCACAUAAGAGCAAAAUACGAUCCUGUCGGCAAUGAACUAUUUGAAGGACCCAACGCGUGGUACAGUUUGGCAAAUAUUUUCCGCAGCAUUCUACAAGACGAAAAGUUAACCACGACACAUGUGAUUAUUGAUGGCCUCGACGAAUGUACUACCGGUCUGAAUGAGCUACUUGGACUUAUUAAAGAAGUCUUGCCUUCAAGAAAUGUCAAGUGGAUCCUCUCUAGUCGGAACUGGGCAAACAUUCGGGAAAGCCUCGAGGAUGCCGGUGCCGAAGGCGUGAAUCUCAGUCUUGAGGUGAACGCCACCGUUGUGGCAGCUGCUGUGGAUACAUACAUUUCCUAUAAAGCAUCCCAGAUACCACUCUUGAAACAAGACGCUGAUUUGACAGAGGAGGUAUGCAAUCUGGUACGAGAAAAGGCCAAUGGAACUUUCCUUUGGGUGGCAAUCGUUUUCCAAGAACUGCAGCAUUUGAAUAUCCAUUACGAUGACCGCUCAUCUGUGUUAGAGCGGUUGAACGGAUUGCCAAAGGAUCUUACUGAGCUCUAUGAUAGAAUGUUGCACCAAAUCGGACAUCUAGAAAAGAGAGAGUCUGAGUUAUGCGAAUCUAUCCUUGGGAUCACCGUGCUGGCUUAUCAGCCUUUGCGUCUUCAAGAGCUGGCGACUCUGGCAAGCUUCAAAGGGAAUCUCACUCGACCAUCCACGCUUCAAAGCCUUAUACAUAACUGCGGGUCUUUCUUAACGGUCAAGGACGAAAUUAUCUACUUUAUACAUCAAUCGUCUAAAGAAUAUCUGACUAGCAACAGCGCAGCUCAAUCUACCCUAUUCCCAAAUGGUGUCAAGGAAAUUCACCAUAACUUGGCUAUGCAUUCAAUCAACGCUAUGGAACAGAGAUUAUGCCGAAAUAUCUACAAAUUGGACAAUAACGCAAUACUUCUUGCUGAUAUUAAGACACCCGAGCCCGACCCGUUGAUCUCUUUGAGAUAUCCUUGCUCUCACUGGCUUCAACACAUCUGUGACUCAAUCUCCAAUUCGGACAAUACAGCUGAUCAACCUAUUUUAAACCACACUAAGAUAUUAACGUUUCUGAAAGAACACGUUCUUCAUUGGCUCGAAGCCAUGAGCUUGUUGCGAAUUCCGCCGGGUGGCAUUCCAUACAUCAGCCGUUUUGAGGGCUUACUUGAGAGAUACUCUUCUAACAGCGAACUUUCACAAAUGGUCUACGACAUUCGUCGGUUUACACAGCACAACUCAUGGAUCAUUGAUCAUGCUCCGCUUCAGAUAUACCUCUCCGGGAUUCUAUUUAGCCCUAAACUUAGUAUCGUGAGAACUCUUUUCGAAGAAGAGCUACUAUCUUGGAUUACAACUAAGCCGCUCGUUGGAAGUCAUUGGAGCCUUCUUCUACAAACAAUAGAGGUCAAGUCCCUGCUAAUCCCAGCAGCAAUCUCAGCCGACAAUAAGAUUGCAGUGUACGAUUAUGAUACCAAGGAGGUAAAAGUCUGGGACACUACCUCAGGAACGCAAGUCCAGACACUCAAAUGUAAAGAAUUGGUCAGCCAGCUCGUUUUUUCUGGCGAUUCUAAACGCAUCUUGGCAGCAACUGGGGGCCCUGCUAUUUCAUGGGACGUAGAUUCCGGCGCCAGACAUCGUCAAGCAUGGUCUCCUGGUUAUCAUUCGUCUCUCUCCCGAGAUGGCCUGUUUUUGGCUUCACACGCAUCUGAAUUUGCUAUUCAGAUUCAAAACUUAGCUACAGGAGCACAGGUAUCUCUCGUGAACGACGGUCACGAUUAUCAGGGGGAUAAGAAUAAACAAUUAGUGAGACUAUCGAAUAACGCCAAGUUUCUGGCAUUUGGCUGGGAUGAGAUGACCAUAUGGGAUGUUGCUGCACACAAGGAGCAUGUGCGUCUCAACACAUUAGGAGGGCGCCACAGGCAAGUCUGUUUUUCAAGUGACUCCAAAUUCAUGGCAUGGGAGUCAGGCGCUGUUCAAAUCUGGGACUUGACUACGGAAAAGGAAAUUCAGAUCCUUCAUAGAGGAGGCCAUCAUAACAGCGAGCCUUUUACAUCACUCGAGUUCUCACCCAACUCUAACCUCGUGGCUGGAGGACCUGACUCUAACCUCGUGGCUGGAGGGUGCUGGGGUAACAUUUGGAUUUGGAACGUCAAAACUGGUACCGUGCAGACGCGACUGAACAUUAGUAGGCAGCAACCGUACGGCCUCGCCUGGUCUCCAAACUCCAAAAUUCUAGCAUCAACAAACUUUGAAAAUAUCACAAUAUGGGACAUGGCCACUUCCGCAGAGACAGAGGAUGUUCAAAGCACCAAUGAUGGAAAUGAUGACUCUUUAGACCUCUCGAAAAUGACAUUCUCCCAUAACCCCAAUCUUGUGGCUACAAUUUCACAAACGGGCGUUAUCAAAGUUUGGGAUAUAGCUACCGAUAGAGAUGUGGCGGAAUUUGUGAAAAGGGAUCUUGUUAACAAGGUGAACUUUCCGCCAGAUCCCAAGCUUCUACAUGCAGACGAUGGAGAGCAAAAUGUCAAAGCGGGUGACAUCAUUCCGGGGCUACAAGAGACUGGUUUCUGGGAAUUUUCGGGAUAUAAGCCAUGCAAGCAUAUUGCUUUUUCGAACAAUGGCGGAUAUUUCGCUGCAAUUACGGACGACAUCACUAUAUGGAAGACGUCCACAGGGGAAGUGAUUUUCCAGUCUACAGUCUUUAACCGGGGUAUCACGACAAUGGCAUUCUCCAACAAUGCACAGUACAUCAGCCUUUUACUGACAGACCGGAAACUGGUAGUGUGGGACAUCACUACCGGUGACAACGUCAUGUAUGUCAAGGAUCAUAUUUGCGAAAAUUAUGAUGGUGAAGAAUGGUGCAAAUGCGACAUCUCUGAACUCCCUUACCCCGGCGGUGAUUCAUCAGUCAUUGCCAUCUCCAACAAUGGCAAGCAAGCGCUUGUUAGGAGUCCUUUCGGGGGAGAGAUCUGGAUAUCUACCGUGGGAGAGAAAAGAACUAGGCUCAUUCUUGGAAGCAUCACUUCGCCAACUUUCGGGUCUAGGGAAUCGUAUAUUGGAACGGCUCGUGGUUUCAUCAACAUAAAGGACCUUGAUACCGGAUACGAGACACCGGAUAGUUACAAGACUAUCACUUCGGAGCAACUUCGUUUUGAAGGAUACGGUCUGAGCGCCGAUAGGAGCUGGAUCACUUGGAAUGAGAAAAAGAUUCUAUGGCUACCAGUUACUUAUCGUCCAAUUUCUUUGGCGCAUGAUUCCCUCAACAUAUCUCCUCUUGGCAUCUCCAUUUCCGCCGGUUCGAGUACUGAUAUGGAGAUUCGAUUUUCCGGGCCACCCCCAGCAUAG